UGUGAGAAGAAGCUUUUUGUCGACCAUUGUGUAUCUCCGCGACGAACACUUGAUAAACACGACUAUUUUCCAUUUAUUCAAUUAGGGAUCCCUGGUUUGAGAUCCGCAGCGGAAAAUACCCCAAGGGGUUUACCAUGCUCGUCAGCUAGCUCAUAACAGCUGUUUCCCCUCCUAGCAAGGAUUAUGCAGGGUGUGUAGAGAGCACCUAAUUUGGCAUUAUAUGCCUCGCCAGCAGAUGAGAGCGAAAAAUUUCUCUUGAAGACCUGUUGUCCUACCUUAUAGACGGGAGCAGGUUUCCGGAAUCGAAAAUUGAACGGGAACCACAUCGGUAAUCAUAUAAUGGAUACGGCCUAUUCAGCGGAAAUAAUCAACAAAUUCACUAAUAUGAAUUUGCGGAAUAGAUCCCAAGGAUUCGAAUCUAACACGCAGAAUAUUUUUAACUCUCAUCGACAAGAUCGACCGAAAACAGCCUUCGUUCCUGCAAUUGGAAAUUUCCAAACUGCACGGAAAAUGGCCCAAGAAAAUUUGGAACAUCAACCACUACCUGAUGCUGUCAUGGACAUAGCUUUUCGGAAAGCGCAAGUGGCCGGAUCAGCAAACCCCGGUUUUGCAUUGGAAGUAGGUCCCUAUGCGACAGGUGUUGGAUGCAAAAACUACAAAGCUGGCCCAACAAAGUGUACAAAAUAUAGAGUAUACAGACCAAAAACAUGCGGAGUAAUACCGAAACCGUUGAGCGCUUCUGGUCUUAAUCAAAAACCUCUUGAUUUGAAAGAACGAGAGAAGAAUGGCGCAAUGGACUUAGCCAUUGGUUGGGAUUAUCGACCAAAGCAUGAUCCACAUCGAACAAUAUAUAUGGACGGAUCGAAACCCUCAGUGGCACCUCCCAUUUUUGAAGUUGUUGAGCCUCCCAAGGAUCUUAAUUUACCCAAUGUUGUCCAUACUGGAGGAGUGUUUUCUAAUACCCUAGGCGAAGGCGAUUUCUUCAACCGUGAUAUCAUUCGUCAACAUGAUGAAUAUACCAAAACUUACAAUCUAGCCAAUCGUUGCAAAUGUAAUGGAUCAGCAAAAUCAGCUAAAUCUGCGAAGAACAUCAGACCUGCAUCUUCUGACAAUAUGAAAGAUCCGAAAAGUGGAAAUUCUGGUGAAGAGAUCGAUGCUCCUUUUGCAGACGAGUUGCCUGAUUUGAAGCAACAACAAAGUAAAAAUAUGUCAAAUCUAAGACAAUUCGUAGAUCAUGAUACCUGUCUUCAAAGCUCUAGGCAACGAACUCCUUGUGAUAAACAGAAACUCAACAAAAUAAACCGUUUAUGCCAUCAUCAACCGCCGGAAGAAAUAAGCUACAAAGUACAACAUGAGUUCAGGUGUGCAUUCAAAGCAGGCGUUCCUCAAAGUAACUCUUCUGGAACAGUGGUCAGCUUCGACAGCGGAAUUUCUAAUUGCUCUCAUAAAGCAGAUCCAAAACAGUUGAACAUUCCCAAACCUAGAGAUCCGUACAGUAAAAAAAAUUAUAUCAUAAACACGCUUGCCCCGCCCUUUGCAUUUUGGAGAAAAGGUACGGGAUACCCUGAUUAUUGGCGCCUAGUAAGUGUCUAUCAACAUGCUUACAAACCUGCCGAAAAGAGGAAAUAUCCCCUACUGAAAACGGUAUAUCAGUAGAGUAACACCUAUUUUCAAUAGAUAAUAAUGCACAUAGUAGUGUACAUUAAAACGAUUUAUGGAGCAAUAAACAAUUACAAAACAGGUCACUAAAGUUAGUAAAAAUUGGAUUCGAAACAAAACAUAACCUAAUUACAAUCGAAAAAAGG